AUGGAUCACCCUUCCAACAACAACAAUAUUCACCAAAAACACUCCCAAAGCCUAAAAACAUUGUUAACAGUCCCAAUACAACAAAACACACAACAAAACAUACAACAUUCCCCAACAAAUAGUUUCUGUAGUGUUGGAAAUAUAAGUAUAAAUACAAUAGCUAGUUCGAGUACGGUAUUCCCAACAUCAACAAAGGAAGAUGUUUGUAAGGUAACUUGUUUCCCUGUGAUAUUGCCAAAAACAUCAGAUGAGCAACAAACAUGUUUUGAACAAGUGUAUGUUUAUUUUAGUGUUUUUGGGGAAUGUUUGGGAAAAUGUUGAUGUGAUGAUGAUUUUAAGGAUGUUUUUAAAUAUGUUUUUAAACAAGUUUAUAUGUUUUCUAAAAAAGUUGAACAAUGUUUUAAUGAUGUUUUUAAAAAAGUUGGGAAAAUUUUGAUGUUU